AUGAUCAGAGGCGUAUCGCCUUCUCCGAGGGAUAGCAUAGCUGUACAACAGUUGGGGAUAACCUUUUUGUGUUUGGUGUUGUUAGCUACACGUACUUGGAAACGCCUGGAAGCUAGAGGAGAAGGACCUGAGGCAAGAGAAGCUCAUAGUGCAACGCUUGUUGGCAAACACAAGCUUUUGGCAGCUGUGGGAAAGUCUCUGGUUCGGAUGAUGAAGUAUUCUAUAAUGAUCUUUACGUACUCAACACAGGCAUGUAAUUGA